UUUUGACAGCCCAGUCGAACUAACGCCGAAAGUGACAGCCAUAAAAAGAACCAGCUGUGGAAAUUUGCAAAAAUUCCAGAUAAUUUAUUAAUUGUACAGAACCGGCUCGCUUAACACACACAAUAUGUUGAUUAAAGUAAAGACCCUGACCGGCAAGGAAAUCGAAAUCGACAUUGAGCCCACAGACAAGGUGGAUCGCAUCAAGGAGCGAGUGGAGGAGAAGGAGGGCAUUCCGCCCCAGCAACAGCGUCUUAUUUUCUCCGGCAAGCAAAUGAAUGAUGACAAAACCGCGGCGGACUACAAGGUUCAAGGCGGCUCGGUCCUCCAUUUGGUCCUGGCCCUGCGAGGCGGUGAUUCCAUCCUGAUACCUUGUCUAUAACUAGCCUGUUGAUAAGCGGAAAACAUUCAUUUACAAUUCACUCAAAUAUAUUAAGCUUGAGAAGCAUCAUAUGGAGAAUUAUAUAUGUAAACUAUAAAAUCAGUCUGAAAAGUGGUUAAAAAGCGAGAGAAUAAACAAUAGAGAAAAUCGGAUCGAA